AUGGAAUUUGUCAGUGAAUUAUAUUUCUCACCAAAGCAAAAACAACUUCAAAUAUUCCUCCUCCUUCUUCUCUUGUUUCUCUUCAACCCUAGUGCAACUCCGUUAACAUUCAAUUUCUCGAGUUUUCCACCCCUCACGGCCAAUAUAUCUCUAGAGGGAGAUGCUUACACAGACGGGUUCCUCCGGCUCACCAAAAGCGCUGUGGACGACAACAAGACUCGCAGCGCUGGUCGAGCCACCUAUAGCCAACCCUUUCUCCUCCGCCAAAACGCCACAGGAAAGAUCGCUGAUUUCACCACAAACUUCACAUUUGUCAUAGACUCACAAAAAGAAACCAACUACGGCAACGGUUUCGCCUUCUUCAUAGCGCCAAACGCCUCCAUACUCAACCGCAAACUAGCGAAACACACUCUCAGUAUGGGCCUUCCCGUACAUCCACUUGGGGUCACCGUGAACACAAGUCUGUAUCCUUAUGUGGCGGUUGAGUUUGAUAUCCACUAUAACGACCAGCCGGACAUUCAAGACCCCGUCGGCGAUCAUGUUGGUAUCGACGUCAACUCGGUCAUGUCUAGGAUUGCAAAGCCUUGGAAUGGAAGUAUUGUUAAUGGAAGGAUCAAUAUUGCUUUCAUUAAUUAUGAUUCCAAAUCAAAAAAUCUUAGCGUUGCCUUCACUACUUGUAAUGCAAAUGGCGUCCAAGUGAUGAGCUAUCUCAAUUACACGGUUGAUCUGACUCGUUACUUGCCCGAUUUGGUCGUUGUAGGGUUCACCGGUGAAACGGGUCGUUGCUAUGCUACGCACAAAAUCAACUCAUGGAGUUUUAAUUCAACUUCACUGCUUGAUGAUGCACAUCACAAGAGCACCACCAAGUCAUCAAGAAAUGGCCGCAUGGCGGUUGGGAUGGGUAUUGGUGGGUCUCUAAUUAUCUUGGUUUGUGGAUUACAGUUGCUUUGGUCCAAGAUCUUGCGGAAGAAGAGAGAGAGAGAAGAAAUUAGUAGUGAUUGUGAAUAUCCUUCUGGUCUUGACUUGAUCAUGGACGAUGAUUUUGAAAAGGGGAUCAUAACCUCUGGCCCAAGGAAGUUUUCAUAUAGUGAAUUGGCUCACGCCACGAGUGAUUUUUCCAAGGAAGAAAAGCUAGGAGAGGGAGGGUUCGGUGGUGUUUACAAAGGCUUCAUACAAGACUUGAACUCAUUUGUUGCGGUUAAGAGGAUAUCGAGAGCGUCAAAACAAGGAUUGAAGGAGUACGCGGCAGAAGUGAGGAUCAUUGGUCGACUUAGGCAUCGGAAUUUGGUUCAACUCAUCGGUUGGUGCCACGAAAAAAAACUGCUACUUGUGUACGAGUUCAUGUCCAAUGGAAGCUUAGAUUCUCAUUUGUUCAAGGAAACAAGCUUCUUGAAUUGGGAGGUAAGAUACAAAAUUGCUCAAGGCGUGGCAGCUGGGUUGCAAUAUCUUCAUCAAGAAUGGGAGCAAUGUGUGCUGCAUAGGGACAUUAAAUCCAGCAACGUUAUGUUGGAUUCGAAUUUCAACGCGAAACUUGGAGAUUUUGGGUUAGCACGACUUGUAGACCAUGGAAAGGAACCACAAACAACGGCUUUAGCUGGAACCAUGGGAUACAUGGCUCCUGAAUACAUUAUCUCCGGAAAGGCUAGCAAGGAGUCGGAUGUGUAUAGCUUCGGAAUUGUUGCGUUGGAGAUUGCGUGCGGGCGGAAACCCAUUGAUCACACUCGAGUUAACAUGGUGAAAUGGGUUUGGGAUCUCUAUGGAGAAGAUAAAGUUAUUGAAGCAGCUGAUCCAAAACUUGGUGGAGUUUUCGAUAAGAAACAAGUAGAGUGCUUGAUGAUUGUAGGGCUAUGGUGUGCUCAUCCAGAUUACAGUAUGAGGCCUUCAAUGCAACAAGUGAUGCAAAUGUUCACCUUCGAGGUUCCGUUGCCCAUUCUCCCGUCAAAGAUGCCGGUUGCCACCUAUUUUCCUCUUCCAAGAUCACUUUCAAUGUUGUUCUCUGAUAUUAAUGUUACUGUCUCUGAAGAAGGAGGACAAACUGAAGCGUCAUGCCAUGGAUCUUACAACACUACAACUUCUUCCUCAUACAUACCGUAGUAUUUGUAUAACGUAUUUCACUGUAAUAUAUUUUUGGAUCAUUUAGAUAUAGAUCCUUGAAACUUCUAUUUUCCAAAUAAAAACUCAUCUAAAUUUAAACAUUCAAAUAAAAUCCAAAUUUCAAAUAGACUGCCACGUAGACAAAUGUAUAACCAACUAUUACAAUACAUUUACAACUUGUGCCACAAAAUCCUAAUUUGGUCAAUAAAUGUUAUUACUCAUCCUAAUUAUGAUGAGCAAUUAAAUCCAUAUGGAUAUUUUACCUUUCUUGUAUCAUAUAUAUUAGCAAUAUAUUUAAAUUAAUUUA